UCACUUUGCUUUCUAUCUUUCAAACCCUCCUCCAACUCCGUCGUCCCCAGCGCGGCAGCCAAGAUCGCCGACUCUGACGAUGACGAUGAAUCCGGAGAUGAUGUCACUCGUUCGCGCGGCUCUUCAUCUUCCAUUGUCGAACCACCUGUCACCCCAACCCUCCUUCAGCCGAGAGUCGUGGUUUACGACGGAGUUUGCCAUCUCUGUCACGGAGGAGUGAAAUGGGUAAUCAGGGCAGACAAGGACAAAAAGAUAAAAUUCUGUUGUGUUCAGUCUGAAGCCGCGGAGCCCUAUUUGAGAGCAUGUGGUCUUGAAAGAGAGGAUGUACUCCGCCGCUUUUUAUUUGUUGAAUACCUCAACGCAUAUUCUCAGGGAUCUACUGCUGCAUUGAGAGUACUAUCAUACUUGCCUCUACCUUACUCUGCUUUGAGCGGACUCUGGGUGAUUCCAACUCCAAUCAGGGAUGCGGCCUAUGAUUAUGUGGCGAAAAAGCGGUAUGAAUGGUUUGGGAAGGCUGAAGAUUGUUUGGUUUUGCAAGAGAAAGAGCUGCUUGAGCGUUUCAUAGAUAGGGAAGAAAUGAUGGGCCGGGAUCAACACUUGUAGUUCUAGUUGGCUAGUUGUUGCUGCCAAAAUGUAUCAGCCAUGCUCACUUUUCUGAUAUCUUCUCUUCAAGAGAGGUAAAUUGUAAAUUCCAUUUGCCUGAAUGAAUGGUAUCCUUUCCUUCAUUCAGAAAACAAUUUGCUUUUCAACGUAGUUAGGAUUUGGACACGACAUUCUUAAGAUUUAGGUUAUUGGCAGUUUAGAGUGUUGAUAUGUCAAUCCUAUAGGUGCAAUCUAGAUAAUAAUCUCAAAAUAAAUAAAUAAUAAAGAAAAAGAAAAAUGUUAUUUAU